GUAUUUCAGCCACAUUAAUUGUCUCCCCCUAUCUGGAUCUUUCUCUCUCCUACUACAAACACGAGAUCUCUUCCUGGACCAUAUGCACUCGUAUAUGCUUCCCUUUUCCAUUUCCAUUUCCAUUUCUGUUGGGUCACAAGAUGUUUCCUUUUCACUAAUUUCCUCAUCAAUUCAAUCUAUCUACUUGGCAACUAGAAACAUAAUUUCCCCAACUUAUAUAACCUUCCACCCAAACAUAGCCUUACAAUUAAGCCUGCAAAAUCGAAAAAAAAAAUAAGGUCUGAAAUCUUCUUCAAGCAUGUGGUUUUCCUGCAUAAAAACGUUUUUCAGACGUUUUUAUACAGAUGAGCUGAGGAUUGAUCAUGGUAGCAGCUAUGACAGCCUUUUCUCUGAUGGUAUUAUACCGUCUCUUGGUGCUCGAAUUAACCAAGCUAUCAAGCUCAAGAAAUAUGUCAUCUCACCUUUCAAUCCUCGUUACAGGGCAUGGGAGAUGUUGCUAGUUAUCCUGGUGGUGUACUCAGCAUGGAUCUGUCCAUUUGAGUUUGUGUUCCUCGUUUACAAACAGGAUGCACUCUUCAUCAUUGAUCAUAUCGUUAAUGGGUUUUUUGCAGUUGAUAUAGUACUCACCUUCUUCGUUGCAUUCAUUGAUAGUAAAACUUACCUACUAAUCGAUGAUCAUAAAAAAAUUGCAAUCAGGUACCUGUCAACCUGGUUUAUUUUCGAUGUUUGUUCAACAGCACCACUUCAGACAAUUAGCCUCCUCUUUACAAACAACAAUGGUGGACUUGGUUUUAAAGCACUUAACAUGCUCAGACUAUGGAGACUUCGAAGGGUCAGCACCCUCUUUGCAAGGCUCGAGAAAGAUAUCCACUUCAACUACUUUUGGACCCGAUGCACCAAACUUGUCUCGGUUACUCUUUUUGCUGUUCAUUAUGCUGGAUGCUUCUAUUACCUAAUAGCAGACCGUUACCCUGAUCCAACAAAAACUUGGAUUGGUGCAGUAAACCCAAACUUCAAAUCCCAGAGUGUAUGGAAGCGUUACAUUGCCUCUCUUUACUGGUCUAUAGUGACACUAACAACCACCGGCUACGGCGACCUACACGCUGAAAACACGAUCGAGAUGUUGUUCGACAUCUUCUACAUGUUGUUCAACUUAGGGCUCACGUCGUAUAUCAUCGGAAAUAUGACGAACCUUGUUGUUCACUGGACUAGUCGCACCAGAAAUUUUAGGGAUACAGUCAGAGCUUGUACAGAAUUUGCAGCACGCAAUCAGCUUCCUCCAAGAAUACAGGACCAAAUGCUGUCACAUGUAUGUCUCAAGUUCAAAACAGAAGGGUUAAAACAACAACAGACACUAAACGAUCUUCCAAAAGCUCUUCGUUCCAACAUUGCACAAUAUCUCUUCCUUCCUUUUGUUCAGAAAGUCCAGCUUUUCUAUGGUGUUUCUCAAAAUUUCCUUUUACAACUGGUUUCUGAAAUGGAGGCAGAAUAUUUUCCACCCAGAGAAGAUGUUAUUUUACAAAAUGAAGUGCCAACGGAUAUCUAUAUCCUGGUAUCCGGCGCAGUGGACAUGGUGUCACACAUUAAUGGGCGUGAUCAGGUUGUUCAAAGGCUACUGGAAGGGGACAUAUUUGGAGACAUAGGUGUUCUUUGUAACAGGCCACAGCCAUUUACAGUUCGGACUACAGAACUGUCUCAGAUAUUAAGGUUGAAUAAAACUUCACUUACAGAUAUUAUUCAAGCAAAUAAGGCAGACGGUGACAUCAUCAUGAGCCAUCUAUUUCUGAAACUUAAAGCUCUAGAAACCCAAGGUUUGUUGUUGGACCAGAAAAACCCAGAGGAUUAUCUUUACAGCGAAUGGUGUAAUUACUGUAAUACCCAACAAAAAGGCAGGAUCUGCUUAAAAGAUGGAUGUAAAAACCAAUGUCCUGAUAAACCCUUGAUCGAAGCUGUAUCUGAGAAGUCGAGAUUAAGCGAUGAUCUUAGAGUUGUGAUUCAUAUGCAGAAGCAAAAUGAUCAAAUGGAGGAGAAGCAGUUUGGUAAGCUGAUUGUCUUGCCAGAUAGCAUUGAAAAGCUUCUCAGUAUUGCAGGCCAAAAGUUCGGACAUUGCUUCACAAGAAUCAUCAAUACAGAAAAUGCAGAAGUUGAAGAAAUUGAUGUUAUCAGAGAUGGAGACCAUCUAUUUUUCCUCCAAUAACAAGUGAGGGUCUACAAUUAAAGUUGAAUGUAAAAUACAGUUCUUGUACAGUUAGAGUGCACAUUCACAAAUCAAUACACACAACUCUUGAAAUCUUCUAUGUAAUCUUGAGAAGAGGAGGCUAGCACCUUAUACGGAAGAUCUUCAUCUUACAACCGGUUGUACAGUGCCAAGUACAACCUAGGCCGGGUUUUUUAUCUGAUUUGUUCACAACUUCAAGCACAUGGAUAAAGAAACUAAUAAUUCCACCGUUUCAGUUUGACUUUUCGCACUAUUCAUUUACUAACUUUGACCACAUUUGUUACUAAUAUGUAAAGACAAAGUUUGUAUUUUUAAUUGUUAUUGGGGGUUGAUAAUCUUUAAAAUACCUAUUUUUAAAAAAGGAAAUUAUAAAUAUGUAAUUAAAGA